AUGGGUUCUCAGCUGCCAUCCUCCGAGUUCCCAAAGGCCACGCCCAUGCCUGACGCGACAGAACGCAAGGCCCAACUCCAAGACCCCCGCGACCCGGAGGCUCUGGAUAGGAUGCCUGACGGCGAACCUGCUCCUCGUCCCCUCAGUAGGCUGCAGACCGUCGGUCUUAUUGCUACCUGCACGACUGCCAUGCUUUUGAAUACGUCUCUAAACACGGCAGUCGCGAUCGCGUUGCCAACGAUGGGUAAUGACCUCAACAUUCCGCAAUACAGGCUGCAGUGGGUCAUCUCCGCAUACACACUUAGCUCUGGCUGCCUCCUUCUCUUCUUUGGCCGACUAGCCGAUUUGUACGGCCGCAAGAAAGCCUUCCUAGCUGGUAUCACUGUCCUCGGUGUCCUGAGCUUGGGCUGUGGCUUUGCGCAAAAUGAGAUCACAAUCGACGUUCUGCGCGGUGUGCAAGGUCUUGGUUCCGCCGCUGCCAUCCCCGCUUCGCUCGGUAUCCUCGCGCAUUCAUUCCCGCCCUCGAAAACACGCUCCGUCGCGUUCGCGACUUUCGCUGCAGGCGCACCCGUCGGUGCAGCCAUCGGCAGUGCGAUCGGAGGUGUCUUGACGCAGCUGACAGAGAAGACGUGGCGCUCGACGUUCUGGUUCAUGGCAGCCGCGCGUCGAUUGGUUGGUGCAUUCCUCGUCACGGCGGGCCUCGUUCUCAUCGUCUUCGUGCUGAGCGACGGUACCAUCGCACCAGACGGAUGGAAGACUGGAUACAUCAUCGCCCUGCUCAUCAUCGGCGUCCUUCCUCACUUCCUCGAGCGCAAGCUCGACGCGCACUCGCUCGCGUGGUGGACGCCGCCACCGCUUAUGCGCGUCUCGCUUUGGGGCCGCGCGCGCGGCAAGCUCGCGGUCACGCUCUGCCUCGCGCUCCUCGAGUACGGCGGGUUCAUGAGCUUCUGCUUCUGGAUCCAGCUCUACUACCAGGACUACCAGGGCCUGAACCCCGUGCUGACGAUGGUCAGGCUCCUGCCGAUGUUCGUCACGGGCAUCGUCGCAAACAUCAUCGUGGCGCUGUUCGUGGGCCGGGUGCCGCUCGUGGUUCUCGUCACGAUGGGUAUGGCUCUGACGGGCGUGGCGAACCUGCUGUUCGCGCUGAUCAAUCCUGCGGCGACGUACUGGGCGUUUGGCUUCCCCGCGGCGAUCCUCUCAGUGUUCGGCGCGGACUUCGUGUUCGCGGCGGGCACGCUCUUCGUCGCGAAGGUGUGCCUCCCGCACGAGCAGAGCGUCGGCGGCGCGCUCUUCCAGACCAUGACCCAGCUCGGCGCGUCGUUCGGGUUGGCGAUUACGACGAUCGUGUACGACUCGGAGCUGAAGAAGGUGUCCGCGAAGGACGGGGUCAUCAUCAACGUCGACGGGACGAACGCGCCUGCCGAGGCACAGCUUUCAGCGUACAAGGACGCGUUCUGGACGGCCUGUGCGAUCGCCAUGUUUGGGGCGGUCCUGUCUGUGUUGAUCCUCCGCGGCGCGGGCAUUGUCGGACACCAGAAGGGCUCCGAGCACGGCUCGACGAUCAGCGGAGACACGAUCCGCGACGAGAAGGCGCAGGCUCAGGCGGAGAAAAAGGUGUAA